AUGUUCUUUACGAACGUGCAAAGCUGUGUGCAUCUUGGUCAGCAGAUUGUGUGUCCACCUCGACUACAGUAUAAGACACUCGGUCCAAACAUCGGGCACUUCUAUGUAGUGUGCAAGAGGUCUCUUCCAGGAUCUAAGCCUUGCAUCAAGUACGUCUCGGAUCGCUUGUCUGCCCAUGAGAGGCAGGAGAUCGGCGACUUCAUCAUUGCUCGCGAACUACAACUUCGCAUCGAUACCACUGCACAAGACCUCGAUCCUGUCCCCGUACAGGCUGUCGCAUAUCCAAGUGCUUAUGAAGACCAUCCUCGUCAUCUUUCCAUCUACUUUUACACCGAGGAAACCUCUUCUCCCGAAAUGAUCUUUGCGCAAUGGCCCAAUCCCUUUGGUUCAUUAUCUAUGUCAGCUUUUGUCGCAAGCUGGGAGGCUCUGAACGUUCGGCUGUCCGACAAAGUGCGAGUUCUGAUGUAUCUGGACGAGGAUGUCGAGUCCUGGGCUGAGAUGCCUCUCAAUGCUAUCACCAUCUCCACUCGCAUAUCGGCCCUCAUUGUUUGUCGGGAAGGCGUCUCACCAUCCAAUGAAGAUCUGAAGGAUGUGGUGGACCUUUACCCAGGUCUAUUCACUGGUCAAAUCACCACACAAACUUUCAGAGUAGCCUGA